AUGUUUUGUAGAUAUCUUCUCCCGUGUUUCUACCUGGCUGUAGUGACGUCAGCGCCGCAGGAUUCCAAUAUUACCUCCGUCGAGAUACAAUCGGUACCAGAAGACACGCAACCAGAAAUUAUAAGCUCACAGAGAUCUAAAGUUGAAAAUCUAACUUUGGAAAUUCCAAUAACUACAACCGAUAAUGAACUUGAACAAGUAACAACUGAAUUUGAAGAUGUUCAAACGACGUUAACACCAGAGCCAACGACACGGAAGGUUACUCAGUAUACCUACAAACCGAAACCAACAUCUAGAACAUUCUCAAAACCACGACCCAGAGUUAUAUCUAAUUUAAACUAUUCAAAUAAACCAAAAUAUAUUUCAAGUACAAAUUUGAUAGACAAGAAUGAUAAAAGAAAAUUCAAGAGCCACUGUCGAUGUGAAAAAAUAUGGAAUUGUCCCAAACUUCAGAUUACAAUUCCCAGAUGUCCCAAUGAAUAUUUUCUAUGCUGUUUCUAA